AUGGCGGAAGGGACUCUGCCAUCUCCAUCACCAUCGUCACCUUCAGCAGCAUCGUCAGCAACAGGGCCGUCCUCGGCGGCAGCAGCCGCAGCCGCAGCAGCAGCAGCCGCGACAGCAGCACUGCUAGACACACUUUUACUGGAGAACAAUAAUAGCGUCGGCGGCGGCGGUGGCAACGGGGGCAUCAACAGCAGCUGCAGCAGCAGCAGCAUAGCCAUCAACAACAAUAGCAAAUUGUGUGGAAUGCUCGGGAUCAGCAUGCCCUGUGAGGUGGCAGGACAUGAUUUCAGCAGCACGAGCAGCAGCAGCAGCAACGUCCGAAAAGAACUAGAAUACGCCCACUCGAUUGCAUCCCAUUACUCGGCCGCGGGGCUGGUCGUGGAAAAGGGCGACCUGAGGGAGCAUCGCGCAACGAGCUUCAAGAUUGAGUCGAAGCAAGCCUUGAAUGCAGCGCACAUCGUCACGGCGGCUGCAGCGGCAGCGGCGGCGACGGCGACGCCGGCAGUCGUCCUGUCAAUUUCCGUCGUGCCGUCGUCGUACGAAUCGUCGGACGGAUCUAGUUAG